AACUGCCUUGUUUAAAGGAAAUUUUGGGCUCAAUUGUGGUCGUAAGUCGAGGACUACCUAUAUUGCAAUAUGGUAGAUAAAAGUCUCCAGACCAAUCCAACCUAAAAUUGCCCUGUGAAAUACUACUAGUGUCCUGCCACGAGGCUUCUUAGUCAAAACAAUCGGCAUCUGUUAAGUUUCCUUUAAGCGUCUUGAUUAACUGGAUGAGGGCAUGGCGAAUAUCAUUCAAAUCUCAUUAAUUUGUGCUGACGGCUUUCACCCUCAAAAACUAAGAGUAGAGCCCUGCCGAAAGCAGAAGGAAGAUAAACCUUCUGCAGCCCCAGGCGGCAUGGCUAACAGCGACGGAUGCCGGGAGUUGUAGUUCAUUAUCACCCGAAAGCCUCUGCGGUCUCGUCAGUGUUGCCAAACUGAGGACCACGUUUGCCGGGCGAAGCGGCGCAUGCGCAUUUCAAUCAGUUUCCCCCAAGACGUUUCAUACAUGUGGCUCGGACGUUGCUCCCGCUGGGGCUGCUUGUGCCUUGCAAAUUCUGGCGUUUCCAUAACUCGCAGCGGUGGGCGCGGCUCCGGUUGCCCCUUAUCUGGUAGGCCCCUCAGUUUUCUCCACAGGCGCUCCCGAAAGAGGCGGAGAGAGAGGCAGCCAGGAGCCCCGUGGGGGGAGCAGCUCGACAGCCUGAAGCUGCUGGCGGGGAGCCGCGCGGGGCCGUCGCAGCUUUUCCGGGGCUCCGCCGUUCCCUUGGUAGUCCAGUCGCGCCUCUGCCUAUCUUCUAGCGGCAGCGGCAACGGCAGCCGCGACCAUGCGGGCGAGGAGUGCGACGAAGCAGCCUUGGCUGCUUGUCAGAGGCGACAUUUCCUCCGAGGAGGGGGAGAAGACGGCAAGCAGACCUGGGCUUCUUACCUGCGAGGGGACCACCCGGCCUUCGGGCCUCUGGGGGUGGCGCUGAAGAAGAACCUGGCCGCGCAGUGGUGGGAGGCCGUGGUGGUCUUUCGGGAGCACGUGCUGGGCGUGGAGGGCCCGGCUCGACUCGGGCCCGCUGCUGACUACGGGCCCCUGGGGGAGGCCCUGCGCUUGGUGCAUCCGCGCACCGUCUGGGAGACCUUGCAGGAAGCCGAAUCGGACGGAGAGCAGCCGCUCGUCCCCUUGCAGAAAAUGCUAGCCCGAUCUGAGAUGCUUCGCGACAACCUUCUUCACGGUGCUUUAGAGCAUUAUAUUGAUUGUCUGGAAUUGGUAAACCAGAGACUGCCUUUUGGAAUUGCACAAAUAGGAGUAUGUUUUCAUCCAAAUGACACAGAUCCUAUGAGAACAGUUGAAAGGACAAUGGCAUCCCUUGUUUGGUACAGCUCGGUCAGAACAGCUGGACAGUGGCUUGGCUAUUGGUUACGUCAGCGGCUCCAAUGGUGGAGAAAGUUUGCCACAAGCCCAUCCAACUUCAGCAGUGGCCCUUGCAAUGAAGAAGGAAGAAAAGGAAACAAUCUGUAUUAUAAUUUUCCCUGGGGGAAGGAAACAAUAGAAACUCUGCAAAUGUUGGGAGACCAUGAACUAUUACAAAUGUAUCCAGGAAACGUAUCAAGAUUGCAUGGUCGAGACGGGAGAAAGCAUGUUGUUCCUCAUGUCCUCUCUCUGAAUGGCAAUUUGGACAGUGGAGUAUUAGCGUACCUCUAUGACAGCAUGCAAGUGUCUGAAAAUGGCUUGACCAAAAAGAAAGCUCUGCAGAGAAAGGUCCUAAAACUUCAUCCAUGUUUGGCACCAUUCAUAGUAGCUUUGGAUAUGGGAAGGGGCCCAACAGUCGAGCUGAGGCAGGUGUGCCAAGAGUUGUUCAAGGAAUUGUUAGAAAAUGAGACUACUGUUUGGCCUGGCUAUCUUGAAACCAUGCAAUCCUCUUUGGAGCAGCUUUAUACAAAGUAUGAUGAAAUGGGUGUACUCUUCACAAUCCUGAUCAGUGAUGCCACACUAGAGAAUGGGCUGGUGCAGUUACGAAGCAGAGAUACUACUUUGAAAGAAACGAUGCAUAUAUCUAGAUUAAAGGACUUUAUAAUCAAAUAUAUGUCUGCAGCUAAAAAUACUUGAUUUUUUUUUAAAAAUAAAGGCAAUUUUGAACCUUU